AUGACUAGACUAAACCCACCUCCAAAUGCUGCUGGUGUUUAUGCUACUCCCACUCAAUUGAUGCAGCAGUCUUUGCAAUCAGCAUUGGAGUCGGUUGGCUUGAAUGUUCGGGAUUUGAAUGGUCUGAUUGCUAUUCCGUCACUGGCAGAGCCUCAUUUUAUGGAAGCACAUUUCUUGGCUACUCAAAUUGGCAUGUUGCCUGGUCAUAGUCUUGUAGUAAGAACCGUUGAUACUGGAGGUGCAGGUCCUGUUACUGGGUUGCUUGAAGCAAAACGAAUGGUUCAAAUGGAAGGAGCCGAUCUAGUUGCUGUUGUUGCAGGUGAUGCUGUUAAAAACCUUUCUGGUGACGAGUUUCUAAAGCGAGCCGAUCAGACGUGUAGUCAUCCAGAAGCCAAUCUGCCUUCGCCUGUGAUUCCGUCUGGAUACGAUCGUAUGGCACAGUAUCAGAUGCGUCAAUUUGGCACCACUAGAGAGCAGUUGGCCAUGUGUUCUGCUCUCAUGUCCAUAAUGGCAUCUCGUCACCCCUACGCCCUCACCAAAACACCUCGUUCACUAAAUGAUGUACUGAAAUCUCAGCCUGUAGCUCCUGCAACCAAUGUGCUAGAGUGUGCGCGACGUGCAGAUGGUGGAGCUGCCGUAUUGGUAGCCUCUUCUCGAUUUCUUGAGCGAAAAAACAUACCUCGGAAUCACGGCGCAGUGAUCAUUGGUGGUGGUGAAGCAUCUGGCCCACUCUAUCCUGCCAAGGAUCCAUCCCUCAUCACCGAAGUUGCAUUCUCAUGUGAAGAGGCUGCAUCGAUUGCAUACGAAGAAGCACAGGUGGGUGUUCGUGAUAUCGAUUUUUUCGGUCUAUAUGACUGCUUUCCAAUUUGCUUGAUCCGUGCAGUCGAAGCAGUUGGUCUUGCUCCAAAAGGAUCGGGUGGAGCGUACAUUGAAGUAAAAUACAACGAGUUAUUACAUGCAAUGGAAAGUUGUCCUGGUGCGUUAUCGGAAUCUUUUCGUCCUCAAGAUAUCUUUCCUGUGAAUACUCACGGUGGAUUGCUGGCUUUUGGCGCACCAUGGGAAGUUCCAGCAAUGUAUAAUAUCAUUGAGGCCUAUUCUCAACUUACAGGAACAGCUGGGCCUUUACGCCAAGUUAGGAACGCUCGUCGUGCUCUUGUGUAUGGCAACGGCGGUAUCUUUUCACAUAGUGCUAUUGCCAUUCUUGGCGAUGGACGAUACUGA